UAUUGAUAGUGGUUAGCAAGAGUCUCUCUAUUUCCUCUGAUCAUUUACAUGGAUUAUGAAGUAGUUUAAAAUCCCAAAUAUACGUCUUUCUUCUUUCCCAAAAAAGAAGAGUGAGAAAGAGUGAAAGUGAAAGUGAAAGUCAACACACAAAGAGAUCAGAGAUGGAUCAAAUAGAGCACAAAUUCGUGGAAGUGAAUGAGCUAAAGCUCCAUAUAGCUGAGAUUGGAAAUGGGUCAAAACCAGUGGUGUUGUUCUUGCAUGGUUUCCCUGAGAUAUGGUAUUCGUGGAGGCACCAGAUGGUUGCUGUGGCUAAUGCUGGUUUCAGAGCCAUUGCACCCGAUUACAGAGGUUAUGGACUAUCCGACCCGUCACCCGAACCCGAGAAGACCACAUUCUCUGACUUCGUUAAUGACUUGGUUGCUCUACUUGAUGCUCUUGGCAUUUCUAAAGUAACUCUAGUUGCUAAAGAUUUUGGUGCUAGGCUGGCUCAGAUACUGGUUCUCUUACACCCCGAACGAGUCAUAGGAGUCGUCACACUGGGUACUCCUUUUGUACCUUUAGGUCCUCGAAAAUUUCUCGAGGCCCUUCCAGAAGGCUUCUAUGUUUCCAGAUGGCAGGAAUCCGGAAGGGCAGAAGCAGAUUUUGGCAGACUUGAUUGUAAAAUUGUUCUGCGCAACAUAUACAUCCUCUUAUCCAGAAGUGACAUACCAAUAGCAGCACCUGAUCAGGAGAUAAUGGAUUUAGUGGACUCAUCAACCCCUCUACCCCCUUGGUUCUCGGACGAAGACCUUUCGGCGUAUGGUGCUCUAUAUGAGAAAUCUGGAUUUCAAACUGCUCUAAAGGUUCCUUAUAGGUCACUCAAUGAAGAGUUUAACAUUUCAAACCACAUAGUUAAGGCCCCAGCGCUGCUAAUCAUGGGGGAGAAGGACUACACCUUGAAAUUUCCAGGAAUAGAGGACUAUAUAAGAAGUGGACAUGUGAAACAUUUAGCUACCAAUUUGGAAAUAGUGUUCUUGCCAGAAGGUUCCCACUUUGUUCAAGAGCAAUUAUCAGACCAGGUCAAUGAGCUGAUACUCAAGUUUCUCAAAAGUCAUUCUUAAUCUGGAUGUUCAGCUUCUUGGAUUUUGGAAUCUCAAGUAUUUCGAUGAACUCUGGUGUCAACUGUGACAUCCUGCAUUGGACAAAAAAGUCUUAUAUGAAAAUUCAAGGGCAUCUAACUUUUAGUGCACUGUGUAAUAAAGUUAGCCUAGAUUUUGAACAAUUUUAUGUUCAAGGGUUCUACUAUCUUCCUAUCUCAAGGCUAGGCUUUUGAUUGGUCAUUAGGGAAUUGUGGAUGCUUAUUCUCUUUAUGUUCUUCCUUUCUUCUUCCUUGUGAUUGUGAGUUCAUUGAUAUUGCUUCCUACUUUAACCUUCAACUACCCUGAACAUAUAGAUACGAACUCUUCUGAA